AUGGCUUCCUCCAGCGGGCCCUCAGCUCCAUCGGAUGGCACCGGUAUCAUAGACCUUGACCCGUGGCUGGAGCCCUUCCGGGAAGCUAUUCAGCGUCGAUUCAACUACGUUGAGAGCUGGGUUAAGACCGUCAACGAGGUCGAAGGGGGACUGGAGAAAUUCAGCAAGGGCUACGAGAAGUUCGGAUUCAAUGUCAGCGAUAACGGCGACAUUAUCUACAGAGAAUGGGCUCCAAGCGCCGUGGAAGCGUCUCUGGUGGGUGAAUUCAAUAAUUGGGAUACGAAAGCGGAUCCGAUGACGAAAGACGACUUUGGUGUUUGGGGGAUUACUCUUCCAGCAAAGGAGGGUGUUCCAGUUAUACGGCAUGAUAGCAAAGUGAAGAUUUCGAUGGUUACGCCCAGUGGAGAACGCAUAUAUCGAAUUCCUGCAUGGAUAAAACGUGUUGUGCAGGACUUGAACGUAUCACCCGUAUACGAAUCCGUAUUCUGGAAUCCUCCAAAGGAAAAACGGUACAAUUUUCAGCAUACUCGUCCUAAGAAGCCUGAAAGUCUACGUAUCUACGAGGCCCAUGUAGGCAUCUCGUCCCCUGAAAAUAAGGUAGCAACGUACAAGGAGUUCACGGCCAAUAUGCUUCCCCGGAUCAAGUACCUUGGGUAUAACGCAAUCCAGCUCAUGGCCGUCAUGGAACACGCCUACUAUGCCAGUUUUGGGUACCAAGUCAACAACUUCUUUGCGGCGAGUAGCCGCUACGGUAACCCAGAAGAUCUGAAGGAAUUGGUCGACGCGGCGCAUAGCUUGGGACUGGUGGUACUUCUUGACGUUGUGCACAGUCAUGCCUCGAAAAACGUUGAUGACGGAUUAAAUAUGUUUGAUGGUAGUGACCAUCUCUAUUUCCAUUCUGGGUCGAAAGGCCAGCACGGAUUAUGGGACAGUCGACUAUUCAACUAUGGAAGCCACGAGGUAUUGCGUUUCCUCCUAAGCAACCUUCGCUUCUGGAUGGAAGAAUAUGGCUUUGACGGCUUCCGCUUCGAUGGAGUCACCAGCAUGCUAUAUACCCAUCACGGUAUUGGAACUGGUUUUUCUGGUGGAUAUCAUGAGUACUUUGGUCCAUCAGUCGACGACGAUGGCGUAAUGUACUUGGCUCUAGCAAACGAAAUGCUGCACCGCCUCUACCCAGAUUGUAUAACCGUGGCGGAAGAUGUCUCCGGUAUGCCAGCACUAUGCCUUCCACACAGCCUAGGUGGAAUCGGGUUCGACUACCGUCUCGCCAUGGCCAUUCCAGAUAUGUACAUUAAGCUUCUCAAGGAGAAGUCUGACAACGAAUGGGACAUUGGUAAUCUCGCCUUCACCUUGACGAACAGACGCCAUGGCGAGAAGACUAUCGCUUACGCAGAAAGCCACGACCAGGCUCUCGUCGGCGACAAAUCCCUCAUGAUGUGGCUCUGCGACAAAGAAAUGUACACCCACAUGUCCGUCCUCACAGAUUUCACCCCCAUCAUCGAACGCGGCAUGGCUCUCCACAAGAUGAUCCGCCUCGUCACUCACACCCUCGGCGGCGAAGGCUAUCUCAACUUCGAAGGGAACGAGUUCGGACACCCCGAAUGGCUUGACUUCCCACGUGCCGGCAAUAACAACUCCUUCUGGUACGCCCGUCGCCAGCUCAAUCUAACGGAAGACAAUCUCCUACGCUAUAAAUUCCUCAACGAGUUCGACCGGGCCAUGCAGCUCACUGAAGCCAAGUACGGCUGGCUACACUCCUCGCAAGCAUAUAUCAGCCUCAAAAACGAGGCCGACAAGGUCCUUGUCUUUGAGCGAGCGGGUCUUCUCUGGGUCUUCAACUUCCAUCCAACAGACAGCUUCACAGAUUAUCGAGUGGGUGUUGAAACUGCGGGGACUUAUCGGGUUGUUCUUGAUACCGACGAUAAGCAGUUUGGUGGCCUAGGGAGGAAUGACAAGUCGACGAGGUUCUUUACAACCGAUAUGGAGUGGAACGGGAGGAAGAACUUCUUGCAGGUUUAUAUCCCGACUCGGACGGCGUUGGCCCUCGCUUUGGAAGAAACCAUAUAA